CAGAAAACAAUCGUGCGAGGGCAGAGCAGCAUCUUUUCCUGUGAAGCGUUUUUUCUGGCUGUCCAAUUGCUUUGUUCCGUAAACGUGCUGCUUCUAAAAUUUCAAAUUCUGCUAGUGUGCUGGAAAAGUCUAGUAGAAACACCCCUUCGCGAGUGCCAGUAAUGAGAAGCUAGUACAGCGUGAAGUGCUUAAGAAAUCUUUAGAAUAGUCUAUACUCCACCUCUUGGGGCGAAGCGCAUUCAAGAUGGAGAACCUCAACUUCCCACCGAUAGAAUUCAUUCGGCCCGAUUGCACCGAGCUCAAGACCGUCUUCCAGGAGUUUUCCAUCAUACUCCACAAUUUCCACCACUUCGAGUCGAUUCCGACCGAUAAAUGGCUGGGGUUGCUGCAGGAAAAAGCUUUGAGAAGGCGGAGGGCAGACAUCCGCGAAGCGGACCGUCUCCAUAAUCUUUCAGUGCAACUGGCAGAAAACGGUGAGCUGGAUAAGGCGAUGAUCCAUAUUACUCAGGCACUGUAUCGCUGUCCUCUGGACAGUAUACUUGCGAAGGCAAUCCUGUGUCAGAAGGGUGAGCUGUUGCGGCGGAAGGAACGAAUGCAGGAUGCGAUUCGCCACCUGGAGCAUUGUCUACAGAUCGAAGGCGAGCGGUUCUCCUUUGGAACGUACCUAUGCCUGUUGCGUUGUUACAAGGCCAUGGGAAAUGCAUUGAAAGUGCGAACGACGCUCAAUCGUUGUGCAACAUUUUUCAACCGGUGGAAGGAUGAGUUCCAUCGGUACGAUUCGCAGCUGAAGAAUGAACCGGACGUACACAUGGAGGAGAUGAAGAAAGAGUUCGAUCUACACGCCAACUGUAUUCCAGUCGAAAUUAUGCAAGACAAAAACUUUCGUAAUGAGCCUGCCGUGCAGGAUGAUUAUGAAGAAGAAGUGGAUAUCGAACCGUAUCUUGGAUUCUCGACGGAUAGGAAUAUAUGUGGUGCCUCUAGUGCCUGCAGUUUGGAUUUAGAUGAUGGUUCACCUAAAUUAGUAGCGAACACAUUUAUUCCGGAAGGUUCAAUCGUUCUGAUAGAGAGGCCACUAGCGUCGAAUGUAGAAUUUUCCAAAAUCCAAUGCUACGCUUGCCACAUUGUUCGACCACAUCUGAUUCCUUGCUUCAACUGCCAAGGAGUGUUUUACUGCUCCUAUGAGUGCCAACAGAAGGAUGACGGUUACCACAAGUUCGAAUGUCGCGGCUACCAGUUACUCUUCUUUCCUCUAGUCAACGGCAAUCUCGAGCUGCGGUUGCUAAUCCGAACGCUUAAUACGCUCCGUAAGGUGUUGGCCGUCCAACCUUUCACCCACCGGAAAACGCCCCGAACGGCGGAAGAUCUGUUCAAGCUGCUCCUCGAGGGUCGGGAAGUUUUUGCCGAUCUGUUCAAUGCUCUACUAAUACAGCCAGAUUAUGCCAAUUUUCGCGGAGAAGAUUUCGAUGCACUCAUGAUUAAGACGGAAAAAUUGCUCAGCUACGUGAAACUAGAUGGACUGGUGAAGCAGAUUUAUUUCACCCAAUGGAAAUACUUCGAUAAGUUUCAGUUCGAUAUUUUUAUCGGCGGCUUGUUACUGCACUUUUGCACUCUAACCAUGACCAAGGUAAGCCGACUGUCGUACGAAAUUCCGGCAACGGAGGACUUUGUUGGUCGUGUUCAAGAUAAUGCCUCGGCCAGCAACAACUAUGAGCAGGAACCACUCAAGAAGACUGUUCUCGAGACGUUAGAGCGAUAUGGAAAAGCGCACUCGAGGCGAAAUACCAUUGAAACAGGACCACUAAGGGAAGGCAUCUGGUGCCACCUGGAAAUGCUCCGUAGUGAGUACGAGAACAGUAAAAAAUCGGAAGAGCCGGAAGACGAUCCAUGUCAUCAGGUGUGGACGCGGUCAAAUGUGAAACGGCUGUGGCAGCAGUGCCUGGAUGAAGCCGCGCUUGAGAUCGUUCCAAAGCACCUCUUUAAUUCCCGGACGGAUAUCGUAACGAGAGCACUGAAUCGCUUUUUCGAUGUUUAUUUCGACCAUUUCGGAGAAAUCCCGAUGUGCAGCAGGAAUCGUACCUUUCCGAAUGUGAUGCGUGCGCUCUACUCGACAGCGAUGAAGAUCGAGCAUUCCUGUGGGCCAAAUUUAUUUUUUGCAAUGAUUUCCAACGGCCUGUUUGUGGCCCGCGCUCGUCGUGAUAUCAAUCAAGGGGAGGAACUUACGCUUAAUCAUGGUCCCCACUAUAAAGUUGCUGCGCGAGAGAAGCGGCGGAACUACCUCCGAAAAAUCUAUAUUAACUGUGAUUGCAUCCACUGCGGGAUGCUUGAUGAUCAUUGGCUUCGCUACCAACGUGUGAAAUGCGAGUUCUGUAUGUUCAACCCACAAUCCAUGAGUAGCUGCCCGGACUGUUUACGAGUUAAGGAACAACCGUGGGAAGUGGAAAUCCUGAUUCAGCAGCUGCAAGGACUGGAGUUGAAAUUGUCGAAAAGUUCCUUGCCGCAGCUGCUGCCACUGACCGCUUACGGGCGCACGGUCGGAAGUCUACAGACGGCGACCGCAUCCGGCAAGCGGAAAAUCGAGUUGCUCAUGUUUUUCGAGCGUAUCUGGAAGAUGAUGUUCGUUGAAGAAUAUAACAUACCUCUCUAUAAUAACCUUAAGGAACAGUUGUCCUGCUUCGCAGAAGAAGUGAUUCGCGAUGCUAUCGAUGAUGUGUACGUGCUGCUGAAGCGUUGUAAGGACAUAAUCGAUACACUGUUUCCGUACAUGAGCGUCCAAGUGGCGAACGAAUACGAGCUUGUGGUUCGCCGCGCUGUAAAGUACAUGUUACCGGCAAAAUUUCUCGCAGUUGAUCGCAGCCAAGUGUACAGGACGUAUGAUUUGGCUUAUUCGAUGAUUAAGCACGCGUUCCAGAUUCUCGAAGCUCGGUUUUUGUACGAAGAUGAAAGCUACCGGAAGCUAACAGUGGUAGAGUAUUCGCUGCGCAUGUUCGAGGAGAACUUGCGCAUUACAGGAGCCAGUGAGGACGCCGAACUGGUACUGGCGCUGGUUAAUCCGGAUAAGGGAAAAAAUGAUACUUCAAAUCAAAACAAGCAACGAGGACGGGACCAGAAGCGAAAAAAACUAACCAAAGAAUCAAAACAAACGGAUCAAACCUCUGUCAAUGGAGACUUCGAGCGGCAGGAGGACGAUCGAAAGGAGGGUGCCGGUAAGAUACCCAAUGGUAUUAAACAUUACAAUACCAGCUCCCUCGAUACUAGCAAUAGCAGCUGCAGCAGUGAAAACAGUAACAGUAGUGUAGAUACAGUUAUUGUCAAUGCUGUCGAGGAGCCGAAUGAUGUGAAGGCAGAGCAAAUAGCGUCAGUGUCAAGAAAAUCGGAAAAAAAUUCCAAACGUAAAGAAACAGGUGCAGUACCAAAACCAUGUCGAACGAUGAAGCACCAUCGGAAAGUUUGAGAGUUGCCUUUAUACUGGUAGGAUUUGAUUCCUCCUGUUCUAGAGUCAACAAGAGAAAAUAAUGUUAGUGUCAUAGUUAGGAUCACAUGUUGUCUGUUUCUUUAUACAUAACAGAGGUACGAAGGAUGCGAAUUCUUUCGAAUAUCAUUCCGUUUCAUUUUAAAAUAACGCUUAGGUAUUUUAAAAAUUGUUUUGUUCCAGCUGUUUGCUAGCGAGAAGUGCGUGAAUUAUUCUAUCAAUCAACAAACUAAAACAGUAUCGUACAAAUACUUAUACUAAAACCAACACUCGUAGUGAAACUUAAUAUCAUGUAUAUUGUAGCAUAGGAAAAAGCCAUUAGCAGUUAUAUCUUUCUUCUCGAGGAAACCAAACGAAUAGUUACUGUACUUAACUCAUGCCAUACCUUGCGAACAUCGAUUAGCUUUGAAACAUAAAAUGACAACGUAUUCUCGACAGCUGCAAUCGCGCAGGUUAACUAACAUUACCCUUACUAUGUUAAGCGACUGUUCCAGUACAGUUCAAAGCUUAUCAAGACCGUUCAGUCAGCUUGAAGCUACAGAAACUUCAACCUCAAUUUCCUUCAGGACUGAAUUCUAGUGCAAAAUUGUCCUCAGAAAAAAAAAAUUGCAAAUAUUCGUACAAUCAUGUCGUUAUAGCAGUGAAAUGCGCUUUUUCUUGGUUUUAGGUUCACUGAAAGGCAUUUCAAGCCAAGAGUACUACACUGUUUAACACAUUCAGAAGAAAGCUGGUUUUAGGUUAUGAAAUUGUCUCAGAUCACUGUGUAAGUUCAGGCCAACAAAGUAUAUGUUCAAAAAAAAAAAAAACCUGGUUAAAUGAAAAUAUCAAUAUAAGCUCUAUAUAAACGUAACUAAAAAUUAUUGAAUUUUCUAGACUCAGAAUGCUUAGCAGUUAAUAGUUAGAUUAAAAAUUUGGAAUUGCAAUUUAUUUUUCAUUAAGUUGGCUUCAUUAUAUGCUCUGUCAGGAUUAUUUGUUUGACACCAUUACGGCGAGCUGUUGAUAACUAAUAGGGGUCUUCACAUCGAGCUCGUAUACGAAUACCGAGCCGUAAACUGCGUAUCUUCCAUUACUCGUCAAUGGAGGUGAGUAUUUUUACGGGUGGGUAUUUGUUUACGAGCUCGACAUGAAUCCCCCUAAUAUUUUAACUCACUUGGUUCUCCAUUAUCGUUUAUUAUCGAAUAGUGCGUAACUCGAAACUGCAAUCAAAACUCGAAUAAUUGUGAGGUUUUGUCGCUGAAAGAGGGUGGAAACUCGUUACUCUUAUCAAUUCUCUGGAAGGCAAAGAAUCCUCUUUUGAAGUAAAAAUCGCGAAGUUCAGUCUAGCCGGAAGUUCAAGACUUGAAAGUAAAAGAAAAAUAAUAAUCUUUCUUUCAACUUAAGCAAAGGUUCAGAUCACUAUCAUGUACCACUCAAGAAUGAGGGAAAAUGUUGGGGAAGCGGCCAAUUCUACAGAGAAGGUAGUUCUUAAUUUUAGAUUGAUUCAAUUUUGUGUUUGAUAUCAUGAAUUUUAUUAUUCACCUCAUGCUACGUGGACUGUUUCUUUUCUAAUUCAGAACUCUUUUGAUCUUGAUGAUCAGUUAUUAAAUAACACUAUACGUCAAAUAAUUUGCUUGUAUAAGAAAUUCUAAUCUGUAGAAUUUUAAACAUAACACAACUUAGAUAAAUAGUUUAAUAAGAUAUACCUUUGAAAUGUUUUCGUUAUUGAAGUUUCUUACACUAUCUAAGUAUUCCUACGUUAUUUUUCAAAACUUUCUGUAAUGUAUCUGCUAUUACUCGAUUUUCUCGAAUUUUAUUGUUCUAUUUUCAAUUUGCAAUCGUUUCCAUGCUUUGUGUAAUAGAAGAGCAGUCAGAUUUAGUUUAAUAUAUCAUGUGACAGUACGACUGAAAAAAACAUAACUAAUAUAACUCUUAAGUUAAGCAGUCUUUAUUCUAUAACCCUAGUAUUAAGCUAACCUUUUAUGUUUGCCUCAUUAUUUCUUUCGUUCUUUAUUUAUUUCUCAAACCAUAAACUAUUCAUAUCACAGUUCACCCCUAGGGGAACUGAUUCGUAUUACAGUAUUCACUAGUCCACGAUACGUCCGAUGCUCAGUUCGAAGGUUUAACCGGAUUAGCGUGUUCCAAUGAUUAUAUUAUGCUUCGGUCUGUGUGUUUCGUACCUCAACUGUGCUCAAGCAUGCCGAACGUUAAUUUAUACGCACAGCCACACCUAUCGUCAUCACACUAUAGGCGAUUAAUAUUAGAUAUUAAAUAUAACCGUUAAAACAGGAUGAAAAAGGUGAUUUUAAUUAAACACUGUAAAGCAGAAGAGGAAAACAAAACAACAACCUUAUGACGUUAUAUACAGUUAAAAAUAUUUACCAUAACAUCAGCAAAAAAGACAUAGCGGUAAACAUGCUCAUUGUCCUAACAAAACAAAACGCCAAUUAUUUUGCGCCUCUCUCUCCUGGUUUCUGUGUAGCUGCGUAAGGAGCAACCGGAAGCUAAAGUUUUUUUUUGUCCACUUGUGAGGGAGGCAAAACGCACAUUUUAGCUGAAUUAAUCGUUGGUUGGUAAAGCUUGCUUGCACUGAUAGGUUCCAAAUAUUCCCCGUGUGAUUCCGCGAGAACAUCAUAUAAUAAAGUCACGUGUGGCGAGGGUGUGUAAACAAACUAAACCACUGUAGAAGGCUUUACAAAAAACCAAAAUGCGACUUGUUUUGUACAUAGAUUAGCUAGGCAUAUUUUCUGUUGGUUUGUAAUAGUAGGAUAAAUAAUUUAUUUUGAUAACCUUAUGAGAAGUGAGAACGAAUUGGACGCGAUGCGACGGAAUUUAUUCAAGGAAAGACAGCAAAAAUAUACUGUUGGUACAUACCGUGAAA